CAAACAUUUUAGCAGAGCACAGAAUCCUUUCAGCUUAAAAGUAGUUCGUAAAAGCUGAAGUAGCUCAUAAUGUCCCUCCUGACAUGGAUUAGGUGGUCACCCUAGGUGUACAGUGUAAAGUGCAGUGGUGCAGUAGAGUCAGUUAACGGUCUGUGGUGGGGGGUAGUGGGAGAGCAGGUAGUGAGUUCAAGAGCGUGAUGGCUUGUGGGAAAAAGCUGUUUCGCAGUCUGGUGGAUCGGGCCCCGAUGCGGCGAUAGCGUCUGCCGGACUGGGGGGAGAAAAGAGUCCGUGUGAGGGGUCAAGCACGAUGCAGGAGGCCUUCCUGAUGCAGCACUUGUGAAAGAUGUCCUGUAGCGGGUGAUGAGCAGUGAUGGAAAUUUAGUUUUUGUUUAUUUUGAAACAGCAGGAUACAGCUGGUGGCUACUGAAGAGUGGAGAAUUUGCAUCUAAUUAACUUUAUAUUCUUAUAUCUUGCUAACCUCCUAGACCACAUUUACUUUUACUUAAGCACAGAUAUAAAUAUUGACUCACUGGGUAAAACACAAGUCCAGUUUUUGAGAUCAAGUCUUUGUACUAAUUGGAUGACCCACAUUGUUCCCACCCACUACUGAAUCCUCAGCUCAUGCCAUGGAAGGUUUUUGAUGAGUAUCUCUGUUUGCAAGAUCAACACCAGCACCACCAGCUGUCCUCCCAUCAUCCUGGCUCCUGUAACCCAUGGGGAAGCCCUCUGGGAUCAUGGUCCUGCUGGACGAUGGCCCUCCGGGAUCAUGGUCCUGCUGGACGAUGGCCCUCCUGGACAAUGGUGCUGCUGGAUGAUGGUGCUGCUCAGUGAUGGCCCUCAUGGACGAUGGCACUGUUGGACAAUGGUGCUGAUGGAUGAUGGCGCUGAUGGGCGAUGGCGCUGAUGGGCGCUGGCCAUCCUGGAUGAUGGCGCUGAUGGGCGAUGGCCCUCCUGGAUGGAUGGCGCUGAUGGGCGAUGGCCCUCUUGGACAAUGGCGCUGAUGGACGAUGGCGCUGAUGGGCGAUGGCCCUCUUGGACAAUGGCGCUGAUGGACGAUGGCGCUGAUGGGCGAUGGCCCUCUUGGACGAUGGCGCUGCUAGACGAUGGUGCUGAUGGGCNCUGAUGGGCGAUGGCCCUCUUGGACGAUGGCGCUGCUAGACGAUGGUGCUGAUGGGCGAUGGCGCUGAUGGGCGAUGGCCCUCUUGGACGAUGGCUCUGCUAGACGAUGGCGCUGAUGGGCGAUGGGGCUGAUGGGCGAUGGGGCUGAUGGACGAUGGCGCUGAUGGGCGAUGGGGCUGAUGGACGAUGGCACUGAUGGGCGAUGGCCCUCUUGGACGAAUGGCGCUGCUAGACGAUGGCGCUGAUGGGCGAUGCUGUUGCUAGGCGAUGGCGCUGAUGGGCGAUGGCCCUCUUGGACGAUGGCGCUGCUAGACGAUGGCCCUCCUGGAUGAAUGGCGCUGAUGGGCGAUGGCGCUGAUGGAAGAUGGCGCUGAUUGGUGAUGGCCCUCCUGGAUGGAUGGCGCUGAUGGGCGAUGGCCCUCUUGGACGAUGGCGCUGCUAGACGAUGGCCCUCCUGGAUGAAUGGCGCUGAUGGGCGAUGAUGGUGACAUCAUCUGAAGCUUUAGUGACAGGUCCCCUUUUGCAGUAUAUAUAAACAGUAUAUAAAACACCGUGCAGUCACAAAAAAACGGAGAGAGAAAGGUGCUUGCAAUCGACCCGAUACUCAUUAUGAAGAUGCAGUUUGUGCUACUGGGUGCCUUACUUAUAAUCAUGCGAUCUACGAGUUGCCUGGAGGCUCGUGGUAAUAAUUACGAAGUCCUUCAGCCGAAUGUUGUCGUCGUGGAGGUCAAUCUGGCCGACCCCAGCCCGAUGGUGCAGGUUCCCCUGCAGUGCCAAGAAUCCCAUGAGCAUGAGGAGAUCAUUUGGAGGAAUGAUGAUGUGCCGCUGCUACAGCGGGGCAAUGAGAUCAACAUCACCGUGGAAGAGAUGUUAGGAGGGAAUUACACAUGCCAUGAUAGCAUGGGAUCCUUCCUCAACUACACCCUGGUGCUGAUUAGGAAAAGCAGCCGGAAAAUCCUAACGGGCUCCCAAUAUACAGGUUACAUCAAAUGUUCAACGCAAAACUACAAUGGAUCAUUCCAGUGUGCUUGGAACUGGAGACCAAGGAGAACAGGAGAAGUUGUGUUUGUUAAAGCAGAGCGUCACUCACAGGUGAGCGCCAUCACAUGUUCCCUGAGCACCAAUCAGUUGUCCAUCUCUUGCCUGGAUCAGUCCUACUGUCCUUACUCAGAGGAACUGGACCAAAUUUUCGUGAAUGUGGGCGUCAGAUACUUGUACCGUCUCGAAGAAUACUCUUUGACUUUCUUUAUCAAUGAAAUAGUGAAGCCAGACAGGGUCCGGAUCACCAGGAUCGACACAAGACGGAUCCAGCUGGAAUAUCCCGACACUUGGAGCAUCCCGCACUCCUACUUCCCGCUGGCAUUUCAGGUCAUGGAGCUCCCGCGCAGAGGCGACUGCAGCUGUGAAUCGCAGCAGACGGAGAAGAUAAACACCAUACAGGAUCGCCAGUGGAAUGUCAGAAAAGGCUACGUUGUCUGUGCCAGGGCCCAGGAUGCUCUAUGCAACUCUACGUGGAGUGACUGGAGUCUGUACAUUGAUUUUCACUGAUAGUUCAUCAAGAGCAUUCAAAAGCAUAACAGAAAGAAAAAAAUUCAACGGAGCCAAAAAUCAUCAGAUCAAGCACUAGAGCCUCAUGCGAGCAUCACAUCCUGCUGCUUUGUUCUCAUAGUCUUACAAGUUUAAAAUCAGUUUUUACUUUAUUUAUUACCUAUUUAUAUAUUUAUUUACAACACAACCCAUAAAUAUAAAUUUUUAUGCUAAACAAAAUCCAUAAUACACUGAUCCACAGACUUCCAUAUGUAAGAUGUAUAUUUAUACAGCUUCCUGGGUGAGUCUGCCUGGGGUCAGUUGCACAACUUUAUUGUGUAAUUUUUUGUAUGCUAAAGGAAGCUAAAACGGAUGCAAAAAAAUAAGCUAUUCAAAAGAUUAUUUAUUAUUAUUUAUAUAGCUAUGCUAAGAUUGGAGUUGGGUACUCUAUUGAUUUGUUUAAAUUAUGUUAAACAUUAGGAAUGGAUUUCUGUGACAAAGUGAUCACCUGACAUGAGAUAUUGUUGUAAAAUCAU